AGGCUGCUGGUGAGGCGUUUUUUUUUCGGUCCUCGGAACGUCCAAAUUUCGUGCGGUUAAGCCGACGGCGGUGUGCAGUGCGCGUUGCCUACCUUGCAGGCGCUGCCUCAGUUGGGCUCGUUACUUGGCGCCGUUGAGAUCGUCGGGAGUUGCUUUUUGAAGGAUUGAAAAUUGAGUAACAAAAAAUAAAACAAUCUUAAAGUGCUGAUGUAAUCUUCGUCAAAAGGGAUCAUAAAACAAAGCAAAGAGAAGGUACCGAAAGGGGAAGAGUGAGUUAUAAAACAAGUGCAUUUCUCACUGUCAGAGCAGCUGUGGCAGAUCCUCGUGAAGUGUGCUUAUCAUGAAGGAAAAGGGAAGCUUUUCCCUGAUAAGAGGGAUGAUGGUGUUGUGUUGAUGAUUAUUACUUUAUAAUGGGAAAGUGGUGGUAGCAAAAAAAAGUGUGGCAAUUUCAACAAAAAAAAGUGAAGUGAGAAAUGACGGACAGUGUUGAGUGUUGAGCGAAGAAAAAUGAAUUAUUGGAGGAAAAAGUGAAAACAAGUUGUUGAGAGUUACAAAAGGAGGAAGAAAAAUAGGAAGACGACACUCACUGGACGCACCACGGCACCACACCACGGAGAGGACAUAAAUUCCGAUAAGACAAUUGCCAGGCGUUGAUCCCGCGGGAGGUCCCCCCCCCCCCUGGUGAAGGCCUCCAACUUCCAAAAACGUGGCCAAGUGAUUUACUGGGGCAAUCGCGUAAGUACUGUCUCCCUGGAGGGUGAGAAAUAAAAAGAAGUGGACGCAGUGAGCGAUGAGAAGUGAGAAUUCAAGUUUAAAUUAAGCGCUUAAAUUUGAAAAUUUCGUGAAAAGUGUAGGAAAACCACAACUCCACAACUUUUUAGGGGUCAACCAAAAAAUAUAAAUUUAAUCCCAGUUGAAAGUGUCUGAGCCGCAGUCUGAGUGUCGUCUCAAAGUUGAGUGAGUGAGUUUUCGCGGGAAAAAAUCGUGGAGUUAAAAGUUUUCUGGAGAAUUGCAAAAAGGUGAAAUAAAAAAAAAGGAGGAGACUAGAGUAAGCCAUCAUGAACACGUCACUCAGAAUUAGCUUAUCGUCGGUGGCACUGCUGGUGCUGGCCGUCUGGCUCAAUCUGGUUGGAGACGUGUCAACAUUCCAGCCGGAUUUCGCCGAGCCAAUCAUCAACAUCUCGGUCGCCAUCGGACGGGACGCGACGUUCACCUGUCACGUACGGCAUUUGGGCGGCUACCGGGUGGGCUGGGUGAAGGCGGACACCAAAGCCAUCCAGGCGAUCCACGAGAACGUCAUCACGCACAACCCGCGGGUGUCGGUGUCGCACGCGGACCAGAACACCUGGAACCUGCACAUCAAGCAGGUCACCGAGGACGACCGGGGCGGGUACAUGUGCCAGCUCAACACCGACCCGAUGAAGAGUCAGCUCGGCUAUCUGGACGUGGUGAUUCCGCCGGAUUUCAUCACGGAAGACACCUCCUCGGACGUGAUCGUUCCCGAGGGCAGCUCCGUGAAGCUCACCUGCAGAGCCAAAGGAUAUCCGGAACCGGUUGUAACGUGGCGCCGGGAGGACACCACGGAAAUCGUCCUCAAGGAUGCGGCCGGUACGAAGCAGUUGGUGAACUCGUACCGCGGCGAGGUGCUCAAACUGACCAAGAUUUCACGCAGCGAGAUGGGCUCGUACCUGUGCAUCGCGUCCAACGGCGUUCCGCCCUCGGUGUCCAAGCGGAUAUCGCUGAGCAUUCACUUCCACCCGGUGAUCCAGGUCCCCAAUCAACUGGUUGGUGCGCCCCUCGGCACGGACGUGUCCAUCGAGUGCCAGGUCGAAGCCUCGCCCAAAUCCAUCAACUACUGGGUAAAGGACACCGGAGAAAUGAUUGUGUCCUCGCCCAAGUACCACGUCCAGGACACGCCCAAGUCGAUGUACGAAACCAAAAUGUCGCUGACGGUGCGAUCGUUCCAGAAGGAGGACGUCGGAUCGUACCGGUGCAUCGCGAAGAACUCGCUCGGGGAGGUUGACAGUAGCAUCCGGUUGUAUGAAAUCCCGGGCCCGAACCGCAAGGUGUACGCCCCCAAGUACGGCACCGACCAGAACGACAUCGUGAAACCCGGUCAGGAGCGCACCUCCGGCAAGUCCAAACUGUCCUAUCCGCCGGACGACGAGGAACAGCAGUACGGCGGCGGGUCGGCCGAGGACUUUGACGAGAUCAUCGACACGAUGCAGCACCAGCACGGCCACAGUCACAGCCACAGCCAGAAACCGACGGCCCGGUCGCCGUUCGGGUCGUUGGACCAUCCGAACAGCAUCAACGGGCGGGGAGGGGGGUCUGCGAAUGGCCACAAUGGUGGAGGGUCGAGUAGUAAUGGUGGCAACAAUAAAAAUCUGAUAGCGAUGAUGAACAAUGACAUGGCCACGAGGAAGCCGUUUGUCAUUCCGCCGGGGGGUCGAGGGCCGGCCGGGGAUGGAAGUUUGGAGGGAAGCGGAGCGGGUCGACCGGGGAGUCAGGUUCACCUGGUGGUUCUGGUUUUGGUGGUCGGUAGUUGUUGGGUCGCGAUGGACCAUCGCCUGCGGCGGCAGUGCCUGCUGCUCUCUUAGAAAUCUGGUGCAGGUUUAGCAACGCAAAACGGGGGGCAGUUCUCUGGGAAGUCGGCAAGGGGAAUAGUUUUAAACUAUUUUAAGUUUUUUUCAGACAUUUUUUCAGCGUGAUUUUUUUAAACUGUGAGCUUUAUUGAUUUACUCUCGUCAGUAAAAUAUAUUUUUCAGUGCUCCGUAAAAAAAAAGUUUUACGCAAAAUGUUGCCAGUCUUAGUUUUCAAAAAUUUCUAACUGGAGAUCAGAAUCUGUAAAUAUGAAAAUAUUAUAUCGGUGAAAAUUGUUUUUUUCAAAAUAUUAAGGUUUUUGAAUUUCAGUACGGAUUUUUAAUUAAAAUGGCCUAUAAGGAUCGAUCUUUAAAAAAAAUUUAAAGGUAAAUUGUAGAGAAAUCUCUUACCUUUAAAACGCCUUUUUGGGUUUGUAAAUCCGUUUUGAUUGUCAAAAGAUAUUUCACUUAAAAGACAACAAUAUUUUGACUGAUUUUUGAGUGACAAAGAUGGCCCCAGAGAUUCAAGGUCAAGUGAAAGUUCGCUGCUCGAUUACUCUACAACUAUAAAAAACAUAUAUUUUUUAAAGGUCGAUCCACAUAAGGCCACAUCAAUUAAAAAUCUGUACCUAAAACCUUUAAAUUAAAAAAACGCAAUUUUCACCGAUAGAAUAUUUUCAUAAUUAGAGAUUCUGAUUAAAGCCGGAAAAACACAACUUUCUAAGUAUAAAUCUCCGAUGGGGUAUCUUGCUUUAUAAUAUUUUGUUCCAACCACACCGUGUGGAUGUUUUAGGCUUUUCUGAAAGAGUACAGUCAACUCACGGUGGUUGGUCACUUUUUCGUUUGACACUUUUUUAGUUUGCACUCCGUUGGUUGGUCAAAGUCAAACUA